GUAUCUCUACCUCGAUGGGAGAUGACGGCAUACUGGAUUCUUUCCUUCUCCUCCCAUCUCUGUUCUUUCUACCAGUUGCACAGGUUUUCUAAAGAGCAUGAGGUCAUCCUGGACAGAGAGGUGCAGCUGGAGAGAGGAUUCCUUAUAUGGGGAUUCAAGAAGGAUCCUACUGACUUUGAGUAUUUUUUUCCUUUAAAAAUGCAUGAAACGUGGUUGGUACACACCUCUGAGGACCAGUACUACCUCUUGAUCUUCAGUACUGCUGUUUGUAGUUUGCGCUGCAUCAGCUUUUGUCUGGAGUUGUGCUGGCAUCCUCUGCAGGCUGGAGGACCAAACCACUGCCCCCUUUUAGAGGUUAAAGGACUGAAGACACUCAUUUUUCAGUUCUACAAGCUCACUGCUUUCUGUUUCUAUCACCCUCUGUUUUACAAUGGACCCAUUGUGACCUACAGAGACUUCAGUGAACAGAUAGACAAGCCGGUGUGUAAAGUCUCUGCGGUGUUUGUGUUGAGCGGAAUACUGCGCGUGUGUGUCUGGUGGUGUUUAGCCAAAUUCAUGAUCCACGUCAUGUACAUGCACGCCAUCCAGAGCAACGAAAGCUACUUGGAGAUGCUGCCGCCCUGGGCACUGGGUGGUUUGGCUCUUGCAUUGGUCCAGUUUUUCUAUGUCAACUAUCUGGUUUUGUUUGGAGUGGUGUCUCUGCUUGUCAGAUUGGAUGGGCUUGAGCCGCCCAAGUUACCACGCUGUGUCAGCAUCAUGUACAGCUUCACUGGGAUGUGGGGACACUUUGACAUGGGGCUUGACAAAUGGCUCAUCAGGUACGUGCCACUGGGAGUCUCUCGUCACGGUGUGUUCCGGAAACUCAUCUCCACGGCGCUUGCGUUUGGGUUUGUGUGUUUCUGGCAUGGUUGCCAUGACUACCUGCAGUACUGGGCCUUGCUGAACUGGAUAGGGGUGUUGGUGGAGAACGUUCUCGCACUCCUCGUCUCCUCUCGUUCUCUUCAUCACAUUAUUGUAAGCCGUCUGUCACCUCGGAUGCAGAGGCGUGGCCUAGCACUUAUCUCCGCCCUCUCCACUGCUUUUCUGAUUCUGUCCAAUCUGGGAGGGAUCCAUGUGGGCAGAAUCUUCUGGAAGAGGCUGUUUGUCCAAGGCUGGUCAUCUGUAGCCGUUCCAGUGGUUGCUUUUCUCUAUUGCUUUGCUCAAGUUGGUAUUGAGUGGGACAUGAGAUGACAACACGCCUCAGAGCAGAAUGAUGGGAAGACAACGUUUCUCGCAGAAAACACAG